CCACCUCGAGCCCCGGCUUAGCGCCCUCUGGCGGGCUGGGGGCUUCGGGAGGCGAGUGCACCCUGACCUGCGGUCUCAGGCGGAGGGUGACUCCGCGGCCCGCGCGGCUGUCUGGGGCGUUCGUACAAGGGACAGCAACAGUCCGUCAGGACUCAGAGGCUCUGGCCAGGCGCUGCCUCCCUGCGCCAGGAGCUGGGGCGGCGAAGGCAGAGUCCUGGGACAGCCGAGCCUGCUCCGAAAGAGGCGGGAGGGGCUGGAGGCCUGGGUCCCAGUCCUCUGUGCGACUUAGGAGGCGACUCCUCUCCCUGGGAGACUAGGCUGGAUAUGGAUCCCCUGCUGUGAGUCGGCGCGCCUCCGUCCUCGUGCAGCCCCUGCCCCCUCCCCAACCAGGAAUGCCGGGUGCCUUGAGGGGGGCGCACUUUAGGAGGGGGGAAGACGGCGACUGGAGUUUUGAUUUCCCCCCUCCAUAUCCAACGUAUAUUUUUCUCGUUUUGAGAAGUGCGGGAAACUUGCAGGACUAGACAAAGGGUUUGGGUACAGGGUGGGUGGGAGGACGGGGCUCGGUUACACCUAGAACCCCGCUAGGAACCCCAGCCUUGAGUGCACGUUUGUCGCAGGCGCUCCUGAGCUGGGCGCUAGCUGCGGGGCUGUGCGGAGGAAAAGAACUGUGCGAUCCAGGCUUUAACUCGUCUUCCUGUGGGUUUUGCCGGCAGGCUCCGGAAAACCGUGGGGCUUCUCCUCUGUGCGCGCUGACUGCCCAGGCGCAGGAACGCACCACGCAGGUGGCGUCGCGGUGCAAACAGCAGAGGUGCGCUGAGUCCCGCAGGCUGCAGGGAGGCGGGGACCUCGAAGGACGCACGGUGAAACCCCGCUCCUCGUUCUUAUAGAAGGGGACACCGAGGCUGGGGUGGCUCAGGGCUUGCCCAAGCUCACAGAGCCAGAUGAGAACGCCCGUGUUCCGCCCCAGCGCCUCCACUACGGUGGGCGCCUCCUUUUCCAACUCCCCAAACCCUUAGAAAGGAAUCUCUUUGUCUCUGCUCCUCCCGAGGAGAGAGGAGCUGGGGGCUGUUUCUGACUCCGGGCGAACGCCAGGUGUUGGUAAAUUUGGGAGAAGCUGGGAAGGGAGUUAAUGAGGUGAGAAUGAAGGGAAGGAGAAAAAAAGCGGAGAAAGCGGCUCGGCGGGCUGCUGGCGGGCGGGGCAACUGCUCCUCCGCGGCCCGAGGGCGCCGCCUGGAGGCCAGAGGCAACACCGCGCCAGCCCCGCGAGCUUCCCAGCUUCGCCGAGGCCGCCCAGUCCCGGCUCGCACGCCCCACCCCUACCCUCCAAAGUGGGGCGGCUAAAGACGGAUUUGGAGACUCGGAAUCCUCACUGUACGAAGAACUCUACUAUCCCGUUUCCCAUCCUCCCCUUCCCACACCGAGAAAGCGGGGUCUGGAGCAAGCCCCAUUUCCUGAUCUCGCCGGACACCCGGCUUGCCGCUCCAUAGCUGAACGACCCCACCUCUGCGCCUCAGUUUCCUCAUCUGUGAGAUGGGGCAGUGAUAGUGCCUAUCUCACCGGGUGCCGGGAGGAGCAGAGGCGAUCGUGUUAGGGAACGUUCUUUAUAAAAGCUGAAUUGUGCCCGAAUUGCCCCAGCGUACCGAGGAGGUAAACUGAGGCACAGUUGGGAAGGAGAAUUGCCGAGGCCCUAAUAACUAAUAAUCCAUGUUGUCGGGAUAAGCCCGGCUCCGGGGCCCCGACUCUGCUACCUCGCCCGGACUCCGGAUUCCUCUCCUUUCCAUCUCAGGUCUGCGUCUGUCCGGUUCUCCUCUGCCUCCGUGGCUCUCAGCUUUGUCCUCUGAGCGUUCCUCUCCCUCUCGCUGUGUCGGUCCGCUCUCCGGGGGUCUCCGGCUCUGCCGCCUCCUGUCCCUCCUUCCGGCUGCCCGGGCUGGAGGGGCCGGAGGGUGCGUCGGGGCCCGGGGCCGCGCUGGCGGACACGCCUUCGGCCGCACCUAAUUCGAGCCAGGCGCGGGACCCAUCCCCAGGCAGGGCGGGGCAGGAGGGGACGCCCGCUGCGCCUGGCCUCCCGGGGCCCCGACCCCUCCUUUGUAAUUUGAAUAAAACGCCUCCCCCGCCCGCGCGCCUCCUUAACCCGCAGUCUCUGCACUCCCCGGCUGCAGGCGGCGUGCAGGACCAGCGGCGGCCGAGCAAGCGGACUUCGGCGCGGCUCCUCCUGGGUGUGACCCCGGGCGCGCCUGCCGCGCGACGAUGAGGGCGCGGCCGCAAAUCUGCGAGGCGCUGCUCUUCGCCCUGGCGCUCCAGACCGGCGUGUGCUAUGGCAUCAAGUGGCUGGCACUGUCCAAGACACCAGCGGCCCUGGCACUGAACCAGACACAACACUGCAAGCAGCUGGAGGGCCUGGUGUCUGCGCAGGUGCAGCUGUGCCGCAGCAACCUGGAGCUCAUGCACACGGUGGUGCACGCUGCCCGCGAGGUCAUGAAGGCCUGCCGCCGGGCCUUCGCCGACAUGCGCUGGAACUGCUCCUCCAUCGAGCUCGCCCCCAACUAUUUGCUUGACCUGGAGAGAGGGACCCGGGAGUCGGCCUUCGUGUAUGCGCUGUCGGCCGCCGCCAUCAGCCACACCAUCGCCCGGGCCUGCACCUCCGGCGACCUGCCUGGCUGCUCCUGCGGCCCUGUCCCAGGUGAGCCACCCGGGCCCGGGAACCGCUGGGGAGGAUGUGCGGACAACCUCAGCUACGGGCUCCUCAUGGGGGCCAAGUUUUCCGAUGCUCCUAUGAAGGUGAAAAAAACAGGAUCCCAAGCCAAUAAACUGAUGCGUCUACACAACAGUGAAGUGGGGAGACAGGCUCUGCGCGCCUCUCUGGAAAUGAAGUGUAAGUGCCAUGGGGUGUCUGGCUCCUGCUCCAUCCGCACCUGCUGGAAGGGGCUGCAGGAGCUGCAGGAUGUGGCUGCCGAUCUCAAGACCCGAUACUUGUCGGCCACCAAGGUAGUGCACCGUCCCAUGGGCACCCGCAAGCACCUGGUGCCCAAGGACCUGGAUAUCCGGCCCGUGAAGGACUCGGAACUCGUCUAUCUGCAGAGCUCACCCGACUUCUGCAUGAAGAAUGAGAAGGUGGGCUCCCAUGGGACACAAGACAGGCAGUGCAACAAGACAUCCAAUGGCAGUGACAGCUGCGACCUUAUGUGUUGCGGGCGUGGCUACAACCCCUACACGGACCGCGUGGUCGAGCGGUGCCACUGUAAGUACCACUGGUGCUGCUACGUCACCUGCCGCAGGUGUGAGCGCACCGUGGAGCGCUAUGUAUGCAAGUGAGGCCCUGCCCUCCGCCCCACGCCGGAGUGAGGAUUCUGCUCAAGGACCCACAGCAGCUGGGGCCAGGGGCCUGGAGACGCCCCCUGGAUCUCUGCUUGUGAAUUCCAGAUGCCAGGCAUGGGAGGAGGCUUGUGCUUUGCCUUCACUUGGAAGCCACCAGGAACAGAGGGCCUGGCCACCCUGGAAUGAGGGCCGGGACAUCAAAGGAAACCAACAAGAUUAAAAAUAACUUGGCAGCCUGAGGCCCUGGAGUGCCCACAGGCUGGUCUAAGGAGCGGGGCAUGGGAUUUGGUGAGACUGAUACGGACUUGACCUUUCAGGGCCACAGAGACCAGCCUCUGGGAAGGGGUCUGCCCGCCUUCUUCAGAAUGUUCUGCGGGGCCCCCUGGCCCACCCUGGGGUCUGAUCCUGUUGGGCCUGCCACAUGGAACCACUAGCUUGGGCUGUAAAUGUUUUCUUUGGUUUUCUGAUUUUUCUUCCUUUGGGAUGUGGAAGCUACAGAAAUAUUUAUAAAACAUAGCUUUUUCUUUGGGGUGGCUCUUCUUGAUUCCUCUUUAUAUAUUUUAUAUAUAUAAAUAUAUAUAUAUAUAAUGAUCUCUAUUUUAAAAUAAGCUUUCUAAGCAGCUGUACGAAAUAAAUGCUGAGCGAGCCCCAGCCUGCCCCUGCA